AUGUGGACAGAGAAUAAAGCAGUUAUCUAUACCACUGCCCGUGAAGAUGAGGUGUCCGCAAGAGGUGGAACAGUGCAGGAUCGCAAGGAUAUGUGGCGAGUGGGAAGGGAGCAGGAGUUGAAUCGCAAUUUCCGAUUUCUGUCAGUUCUGGGAUUUACGGCGGUGUUGAUGUGUACCUGGGAAGCAGUUCUUUUGGCUCCAACAUCCGGCGGCCAAUAUCACUGGGUAUCCGAAUUUGCGCCUCCCAGUUGCCAGUGCAUAUUGAGCUACAUCACCGGCUGGAUCUGCGUGCUUGGAUGGCACACUGGGAUUGCCGGAUGUUGCUAUACCGUUGCAAACAUGAUGGUCGGGGUGGUCGCCAUCAAUUACCCCGAUACUUAUACGUACGAGCCGUGGCAUGUCACUCUGCUGGUCAUUGCAGUGGCGCUGGUUGCUUUGCUGUUCAACACACUGCUGGCGCAGAAACUCCCCUUGAUUGAGGGGAUGAUUCUCAUUAUCCAUUGCUUUGGAUUCUUUGGCAUUUUGAUUCCUCUGUGGGUGCUGUCGCCAAAGCCAGACGCAUCAGAUGUCUUUGGAUCUAUUGAAGAUCGAGGCGGCUGGGGAAAUAACGGUCUUGCUUGUCUGGUUGGGUUGGUCGGACCGAUUUAUGCCCUGAUCGCCGAAGAGAUCCGUGACGCGUCCCGAGUGCUCCCCCUUGGCAUGAUCUGGACUCUCAUUCUUAACGGCUCUACCGGACUUGUCAUGAUUGUCACAUUCGCCUUCUGUGUCGGGGAUAUUGACCAUGUGUUGGAAUCUCAGACGGGCUUUGCAUUCAUCCAAGUCUUCCUCAACUCGACAGGAUCCGUCAGAGCAGCCACUGGGAUGACGGUGGUAAUCAUGGUCAUGCAGUUCUGCGCUGCCAUCAGUAAUGUAGCCACGACAUCCCGCCAGAUCUAUGCAUUUGCACGAGACAAGGGCCUUCCGUUCUCCAACUUCCUGUCAAAGGUUAACCCCACUUUCACCGUGCCCUUGAAUGCUCUAUGCGUGAGCUUGGUCAUUGUUUCCCUUCUCUCCCUGAUCAAUAUUGGAUCGUCCGUGGCCUUCAAUGCCAUCAUGUCUCUAGGCACAGCAGCUCUCCUUUCCUCGUACAUCAUCUCCAUCACCUGUGUUCGAAUCCGACGCUGGCGCAAGCAACCUCUACCUCCCGCCCGCUGGAGCAUGGGACGAUUCACUCCCUUUGUCGAUACAGUCUCCAUUCUUGUUCUGAUCGUCGUUUGGGUCUUCAGCUUCUUCCCUCUAACCGCGCACGUCAAUCCGACGAACAUGAAUUGGGGCGUGGUGAUAUUCGGUGGUGUGAUUCUGCUCGGCAUGGUGCAUUACCAGUUACGUGCGAAAAAGGUAUAUAAAGGGCCGGUGACAAGAGUGAAUGUGAUGACCGAAUGA